AUGGCCCAGACCUUCGUCAUGCGAGGAGUUGAAGGGAAAGUGAGAAAGACACCAGCGAACAUUCCCGAACUCAAACCUAACGAGGUGCUCGUCAAGAUCACGCACAGCGGUCUCUGCGGUACCGACUUAUUCUUUAUCGAUCCGGGCUGCGCUCUGGGUCACGAAGGGGUCGGGAUUGUCGAGAAGGUGGGCGAUGCGGUGACGGCUCACAAGGUCGGCGAUCGAGUGGGCGGAGGAUAUCUGAGAAGUAGCUGCGGCCAAUGCAAAUACUGUCUCACGGGCCACGAAACGCUGUGCUACCAGCGCGACAUCUUCGGCUUCGCCAGCUUCAACAACGGCACCUUCGCCACCUACUACGUCGCCACCGAGGGGUACGUCUACGCGAUUCCCGAGUCGAUGCCCUCGGAGAUCGCGGCGCCGCUCCAGUGCGCCGGCGCGACCGUCUACGCGGCGCUCAAGACGUACUAUCGACCGGGCAUGCGGGUCGGGGUUCUUGGGAUCGGCGGCCUGGGACACCUGGCGAUCCAGUUCGCGGCGAAGCUGGGCGCCGUGACGACCGUCUUCAGCACGAGUCCCGACAAGGAGGACGAGGCGCGCGGGUUCGGCGCAUCAGAGUUUGUGGUCCUCGGGCACGAGGCGGAGGGGUUGAAGGAGCCGGUGGAUUUGUUGCUCAUCACUUCGCACAAGGCUCCGGAUUGGUCUACGUUUAUGAGUGAAAAGGUCGUGGCUCGGGGAGCCCCGAUCGUUGUCCUGGGGGCGAUUGGCAUGACUCUGGAGUUUCCAUUCCUCCCGUACUUCUUCAACUGCUACAACCUGGUGACCAACCUGGUCGCCUCGCGCGCCACGCACGCCGAAAUGCUCGCCUUUGCCGCCCACCACGACGUCAAGCCACUAAUCGAGCAGUUCGCCAUGGACGAGGCCGGCGUGGCGGAGGCUGUGACGAGGUUGCAGAGUGGGAAGGUCCGGUAUCGGGCUGUUUUGAAGGCGUAG